AUGGAUAUGUAUCAUUUAUCCAGGCUAUUAAAAGUCAUGCUAGAUGAAAAUUUGGCCCAAGCAGAAGUUGAAGGGGUACAUAAAGCAAAAUUAUAUACCAUCGGAAUACGACAAUUUCAGAAAGUUGUACGAAUAUAUAUUUAUGGAAAAACAUGA